AAUUAUUGCUUGUCAAGGAUGAGGGAGGGAAAGCAAGAUAUACUUCAGAAGAUAUAACUCCGUGCUUGCCAGUCUUGAUGAUAACCUUUUUGGUGCCGUGAAUUUUCAAGAGUCUGAGGAGAAUCAAUACAUAAUGAAGUGUAUAAUGCGGGUCCUGGGGGUUGCAAGCAUUUCUAGCGAAGUUGCUGGACCUUGCAUCACUCAGUUGACCUCUGUUCUAAAUAGAGUUUGCAGCAAUCCCAAAAAUCCUAUUUUUAAUCACUACCUUUUUGAGUCAGUGGCAUUACUUGUCAGGCGGGCGUGCCAGAAGGAUAUUUCUCUAAUAUCAGCCUUUGAAGGAAGUCUUUUCCCUAGCCUCCAGAUGAUUUUGGCCAAUGAUGUGACUGAGUUUCUGCCAUAUGCGUUCCAGCUAUUGGCGCAGCUUGUAGAAUUGAACAGGCCUCCUCUCUCAGCAAACUAUAUGCAGAUAUUUGUGCUUCUUCUAUCACCUGACUCAUGGAAGAGAAGUUCCAACGUGCCAGCUCUUGUUCGUCUGCUGCAGGCCUUCCUUCAAAAAGCACCUCAUGAGCUCAAUCAAGAGGGUAGGCUGAGUCAGGUGCUGGGGAUAUUCAACAUGCUUGUUUCAUCUCCAAGCACAGAUGAACAGGGUUUCUAUGUCCUCAACACUGUUAUUGAGAAUCUUGAAUUUAAUGUCAUAUCUCCUUAUAUACGUCAUAUCUGGAAUGCCCUUUUCACACGUCUCCAAAAUCACCGCACAGUAAAGUUCCAGAAGUCUCUUAUCAUUUUUAUGUCACUUUUCUUGGUCAAGCAUGGUCCUGCAAACCUCAUAGAGACAAUGAAUGCCGUUCAGCCCAAUAUCUUUUUUGUGAUUAUGGAGCAGUUUUGGAUACCUAAUCUUAAGCUGAUCACUGGCACUGUUGAGCUUAAGUUAGCUGCUGUUGCAUCCACCAAGCUCAUCUGCGAAUCUCCAGCCCUCCUGGAUGCUUCUGCUGCUAGACAUUGGGGGAAGAUGCUUGGUAGCAUCGUUACCCUUCUCUCACAACCUGAGCAGGACAGACUUGAGGAGGAACCAGAAGUGCCAGAUAUUGCAGAAAAUGUGGGGUAUACAGCUGCCUUUGUUAAUCUUUACAAUGCUGGAAAAAAUGAGGUUGAUCCUUUAAAGGAUAUAAAGGAUCCUAAGGAGUUCCUGGUGGCUUCCUUGGCAAGACUUUCUUCUCUUUCUCCUGGGAGGUACCCCUUGGUUAUCAGUGAAAACCUUGAACAAGCAAACCAAGCAGCAUUACUUCAGCUUUGCAGCAAUUACAAUUGUUCAAUAGUUUGAGAUAUGAUGCAGAAGUGUGCAUUGUUUUGGUCAUACAGUCUCAAAUGGUAUUGUCGAACUUGCAAAUUUUUGGGAAGGUGAUUCACACAUUGUCUUCAAACAGUAAAUGAUGUUUUGAUUUGUGGAAGGAGUCCUUGUAGACCCGAAACAUGGGAUUCCAUGGUUGUAUUUUCUCCAUGUUUAAUUGGGUAGAUCUUGUGUUUUAUUGAGCAUGCAUUUAUCAGCAAAUGUAGAUCCAUAAUCCAUGUUUUGGUCGGAAGAGUUGUAAGCUUGAAAUCCAUUGAACAAUUGGCAUAAUGCAUUAUUGUAAUGCGAGGAAAAGAAAAAGGAUAUCCGGAUUUUUUUCUCUUCUCAAGAGUCAUUUGGUGGAGUACUUACUGAACUUUGUACUUGUUUACCCUUGUCCAUCGAUGCUCUCAGCUCUA